ACUGUCAUACCGUAAUUGAAUCAAGACUACCGUAAAUAUUGCGCGCGCAGAAUUCAGAUAUGGAGCGCGAAAACAUGAAAUAAAUUGUACGACAAAAACCCAUCCGACUGCGUGACAUUUUCCUUUUUCAAUAUUUCUACUGCAGUUAAAGUCAUUGGAAUUCCUUAAGCUUAAAAAGGUUAUUCUUCAAGCUAAUCUACUCAACAAACUCGCCAUGCUCGGUGUAGAAUCAGCUCCAAUACGGGCACCAGACCCUCUGAUAAACUCUGACCUGUUUGAUGCAGAUGAUGAUGAAAGUGAUGAGGAGGAGAUAGUCAGAAUGAAAGCCAGACAGAAGGGACCCACUAAAACUCAUCGGCUUAUCCUGAGUGAUGAUGAAGAUGAAGAGAGAAUACCAAGUAUUUUAGAUCAAGGAGAUUUAGGGUCUGACAGUGAAAAAGAAGAAAGUGAAGCAAGUGAUCAGGAAGCAGAUGCUGAUCAAAUGGAGGGUAGACAACAAGAUGACAGUGAUAAUGAAUCGGACAAUGACAAGCGCAAAGAAAAGAAGAAGAUUCGUAGACGAGUACAAAGUAGUGAUGAGAACGAUAGCCAGAGUGAUGAUGAUGAAGAGGAUAAACCCAAACGAAAAAAGAAUAUUCGUCGCUCUGUAGGGAGUAGCGACGAUAGUGAUGGUCUGAGCAGUGAUGAUGAUAAACCAAAAGAAAAGAAGAAGAUUCGAAGGCAUGUACAAAGCAGUGGUGAAAGCGAUGAAGGAAGUGAUAGCAGUAACGAUGACUCUGAUGAUGAUGGUGAACAAAAAACGCAGAAAGAAAGAAAGAAAAGCGGAAGGACUAUAGGAAGCAGUGAUGAUAGCAGUAGUGACGAGGAUGAGGAAGGAGAAAUUGCUUUCCAAUUAACACCACCGCCUCAAGAUCCAGAAGAAGAGUCUAAUGGGGAUAAGAGGUCUAUGAGGAGGAAACGAAUCGGCAAGGAUGAACUACAGCAGAUCCAUAGUGAAUCUCAAAGAAUUGUCAGAGAGUCUACAAUACAGAUUCCAUAUCAUCACCCCAAACCUCUGAGCUUGGAUGAAUUGUUCAACAAGAAGCCAAGUCUUACUUCAUUGAAACCCACUGGAUGUAGAGUCCCAAGAAUUCGUGGGAAAGAGUUAUUGAACACCUCAACAGAGGAAGAAAGUACAGUAAAAAAAGUUCACACAGAAGAAAUUGAUGACCUUCCGGAUCUUUUAACAUCACAAGUGCAAGAUAAUACUGAAAACAAACUCCAUUGUGAAGAGAGUUCUGAGAGCUCUUCCAUGGAGACUACGGCAGAAGCCAAAGCAGGUGAAACUGAUAAGGUUGAUACUGAUAAUGCAGUGGAAACUGAGCCAGAGGCAACCAAUGAUACAUUGAUGCAAGAUGCAGAAGCAGAAAGUAGCUGUAACACUCCAGUAGUUGAUGGGAAAUCGGUUACUUCUCCAGUAUCAUCAGACUCAAAUACAAAAGAGCUUUCGCCAACAAAACCAUCAAAUAAUGAAUCGCCCAAAGAAGAACAAGGCUUGCCUGAGACAUCACAGCAAUCACCAAAAGAAAUCCAGACGCCAUUAUUCAAGACUCCACCUCCUACUACCUCAACUCAGCCCGACCCUCAGUCUUCACAGGCAAGGCGGUUGCAACGCCUCCAGGAAUCCCUGAACAGAUUAAAAGGGGCACAACCAAAGCUUAGUGGUGGACCUAAGAUUACCAUUGAUUUGGAUGAAGGGAAGGAGCCUUCAGCAGAAGAGAAGGGCAUCUUCAAGCUGAUGAAGCGCUUUGUGAAGCAUACAAAACAUGUCAAGAAGACACAUCAGAAAGAUGUUCAAGUCAAUAUUGUAACGAAAGAGAAAGGGGAAGAUGGGAAAGAAGAUUUGAAACAUCACACAUUCACUGUCGAAUUGGAUAAAAAAGCAGAGGAACUAGAUCCUACACUCAAUGUUCCAGGUGCUAAACUCUGUCGCCUAAAGGAGAACCUGCAAGCCACCAUGAGGGUAAAGAGAGAGCAAGAAAGAAAGAAGAGACAAGAGGUCUUUAAGCUUGAUAAUGAAGAAGGAUUUGGAGGAGGAGAAGAUGAUGAGGAUGAAGCAGAAUUGACGGAAGGUAGUGACACGGACGAAGAGGAGGAGAGAGGGAUAGGCAAUGAAGACGAAGAAGAAGAUGCAGAUUAUGAUCCUGGCAAUGAGUUCCUUGAUGGAGAGGCCGAAAGUGAUGAUGACGACGAUGAUGACAUGGAUGAUGAAGAGGAAGAAGAGGAGGAUACCACUGUCAAAAAGCUCAAAAAGAAGUCCCGAUCACUUGAUAAGGUGUCUUGCCCAGUCGAUAGCGAUGAUGAGAUUUCUCCAAGCCGGAGGAAAGGAAAUACAAAGAGGCCAAUGGUGGUCAAUGAUGUUGAUGAUGGUGAGGAAGAGAAAGGUAUAACUCUACGCUUGGACUCCACAGGCACAGAAGAUACUGAUACUGAAAUAAGUGAUGCUUUACAAGAUUCUGGUCGCUUUAAUUCAGCGCAGACACCAAGGACUCUGUCAGCAUUGGACCAGUGUAGUAAGACUAUGGAGAUGUUUGAUAGCGCUACAAACUCUACCGUUAGUGACUUCCAGGUUCCCAUAAGUAGAGUAGACUCCAGUAGUAAGAAAGUCACAUGGAGUGCAGCAAGUAAAGAGACAGAUUCAAGCAAAGACAGUAUGAGCUUUGUUCUCCCAGCGCCGGUACGCCAAGACAGCAGCUCCAAUAGUCUUGAUACGAGCUUUGAAGCAAUGACGUCAUUAAUACCGGCCCAUCAACCACAGGGUGGGAUGGCCAGGUCUGGAAGAACCAGCGUAGAUUCGACCAAGAGUGAAACCUUUACUCCAUUCUCUAGACAUCAGUCUACUCUCAGCAGUGUCUCGGCUAAGACUGUAUCCCGCCAUGAACUUACCCUACCUGUUGAAGACUCGCAGGAUCUAUUCCGUGAAGACUCCCCUCGUCUGCCAACCAUCGCAGACUCUCAGCAGGUCACCGAGUCACAGAGCUUCCAUUUCUCCUUCGAAGAUGAAACCCAAACACAAUUUCUGGAUGAGAAUGGACUUCUCAACUUGAAAUCAUCAUCAUCUUCCAAGAAGAUGAAGACUAUGUUUGAAAAUACUCAAACUCAAAAUGGGGAGAGUCAAGAGAGUAUGGAUGAACUAUUAGGUCUGUGUUCUGGACAGUUCACUACAACACAAGGUGUGGAUGUUUCUAAAGCUGACAAGCCGGGACCGUUCUCUCAAGUGUCGCAAAGACCUGGUACUCAAGCCAACAUGGAUGAAUUACUAGACCUUUGUUCGGGGACAUUCACUGGGAUGGAAGCAAAAUCUCAGGUCAGCUCAACGAGGAAGGUGGAAGAGAAAGACAAGAAGGAGGAGGACGACGACCCUCUCUCUUUCCACAUCGCUUCAGACCCUGACGGACCAGACAGCGAUGACGACGUCCACAACGGACUGAGCAGUGAUGAGGAAAUUGCUCCCAAAAAGAGGCGCAGGAUAAUACAACACGAGAGCGAUGAUGAUGAGGAGGAGGAGGAGGCAGAGAAGGGAGGGGAUGAAUCUGAUUUGGAUAGUGAAUUUGAAUUUAAUAGGGGUGGCUUCAAAGGAAAGACGUAUGGCAAGAAACUCAAUUUAGCAAACUUUGUUGAGGAUGAAGCCGAGUUAUCAGGAAGCGAGGCCGAUAGCGAUGAAAACUAUGAUGCCGAAGAUGAACCCGAUGAUGAAGAUCUUGAAGGCAUCGUAAACGAGGAAAUAGGAGAUGAAGAUGAGCUGAGGAGUCAAGUCAACAAAGUCCACUUGAAGACCAUGGAUGAUGACGAUGCUCGUAGAUUGAGAAUCUUCAAGGAGAUGUACCUUCCGGACGGAGACCUGCAUUCUGAUAAUAAGGGUAGAACGCGCAAGUUUAGAUGGCGACAUAUGGAGUCCCAGAUGGAUAUGUUUAGACCAGGCUCUGAUGGGGAGGAAGAUGAAGAAGAUGCCCAGGAUCAAGAUACUCAAUGGAGACUGACGAGAUACCAGAGAGAACAGUGGUUGAAAGAAAAUGAGGAGAAGACCAGUGCAGUGACUCCAGAUUCAGUGACCCCAUCUUUAGAUGAGAGUAGUCAGUUUGCAAAGUGUCUCAGGGCAGCAUCCAUCAAGAAACCUCAGGUUGAGACACCAACUCAAGAAGUGGAAGAAAAAGAACCAAAGAAAGAGAAUAAGAUUGGAACCCCCAAACCUCUGAAAAUCAUGAGCAAGAGAGGAUCCUUCUUAUCCCGAAGCAAGAAUGACCUGGCUAAGAUGGCCUCCAUGUUGAAACCAGUCACAAACCCUCAAGGACCGAGAAGCACCCGUAACUUUGUGUUUCAGUCAGCAGAAGCUUCCAUUGGAGGAGAAGACAGUGUUGUAGAACCUCCAAAGGUGAAGCGAUCUGUGAGUGCAUCAGGCCCAUCAACAACACCUUCGGGUCCUAAACCUAAAAGACCCAGAUUAGAUCGCAGUCAGAGUCAGUUUACCUCAAACAGUGUAUUCAGACACUUUUGAUACCAGGCAUUCAAGUACCUUCUCAUCUUUAACAUAUUUGGGUUGUCGUAUUAAAAUACACUCGGUACCAGUUCACCUCAGAGGAGUAUUGUCAGACUGUUGUGAAGUCUUGGGUCUUGUCCAUGCAGAUAUCCCUUUUAUUUUUGAUUGAUUAAACAUCAUUAUAGCAGUGUGUAGUUCUUACAGUAUCAGUUAUACAAAGGAGAUUUUGAAUAUGGGUCAUUACUUUACAUUUUCCUUGAGUCAUUAGAUUACAUGCUGUAUACUUUUUUUAUUGGUCAGUUAUCAGAAAUCAACCCUUAAACCUCAUAUGAUUGUACAUUUUAUUUACUGGAGAGGUGAGAGAUAAAAAUCUAGCCCACAAUAUGUUAUCAAAUAUGAAUCAAACAUUCCUAUAAUGAGACUUAUUUUGAAGGUCAAGUUCAAUUUUGUACAAAGUCUAUGUUAGAAAUUUUAUUUAGUGACCCUGAUCUUUAGCAUGUCAACAUGCAUGGCAAUCUCUAAGGCGAGGGAAAUGAGAUGACCCUCUUACCUCACUGUACAAUAUUGACAAUUUCAGGGCAGGACAUUUUGCCCUACUUAGGCUUACAAACAUUCAUUAUAGGCCUACACUUCGAGUCUACAACACAAAUGGUUCAAAUGUUUGACAGGAUUGACAGCACUAUGAUUUCAUUAUGAUGUUGUUGUAUAAUGUCAUUAUAAUUUUAUUACUUCAUGCAUGUCAAGAGCUGUAUUCAAUAAUGUUGUGAGCUUGUCCUCUAAACAGAUUUUUGCACUUUCUGAAACAAUUGUGCACCAACCUUUUUAAAGAAUUUGAUUUUAGUUUUUGUUGCAUGAGAAGGGUCAGUAGUGCAUAUGCAAGGGGGUGGUCACAGGGGUAAGGGUUCAACCCCCCCUAAAAUGUUUUUGAAGACGCUUUUUUUUUGGGGGGGGGCUUGUCAAAUUUGUUUAAGGUGCAAAACAAGGUAAAAUUUGUGGUGAAGACCCUUUUUUUUUUGCUUGAAGACCUUUUUUUUUUGGUUAUCAAAAUUUCAUUCAGCUUCAAAACCACCCGCUUUAAAAAAAAUCCUGCGUUCGCUACUGAGAAGAGUUGUAUCUUUUUUAUACCUCAUAUACCAAUUAGCACAUAAAAUGUUACAGGGCUUAAUUGCUCCAUGUGUACAUGAGCCUUUAAAUCUGUCUGUUGGUUUCUAUUCAGAGAAUGUAUGAUAUAAACCUGCCUAUGAUGAUAAGAUUUCCUCCAACAGGGCAUUUUUUGAAGCAUUAGCUCGUCACUGGUUUAUGCAUGAGUUUUAAGAAAAACUGGAAUAUGUUCUUGUGGUAAAUCCAAUUUGAAUCAUUUUGAUGAGCAUCAGUGGCAAUUAAAAAAAAAGUUGAUAUGCGAUCUUUGUAAAAUAAAAUGCCUUUGAAGAAUGUCAAAAUGCAGAGUUCAUAGUUUGAUGAAAUUUGAUUAGAGAAAAAGAGAAUUUAGCCCAACUUUGUCGAAACACAAAGGAAAAUGCGGAGUAUGUCAUUUAGCACAAGAACCAGUCAUUCAUAAAGCAAUGCCUAACUUUACAUACAACAUGAAAUACUUUCCUGUUCACAUUUGAUAAGAGCAAUUAACUUGUGCAUAUGUACAUAGGUGUAUCAUAGAAUACAUUGAUUUUAACAAAUACCUAUGGUUAUAUUUUUAGCCCAUGAAUAUAUUUAUAGCUGUCGUUGGUGAGAAUAUCGUAUUAGAAAAUGUGAAUGUGUGUUGUAUGGUGAUUACUAAAAUGCGAAUGUGUGACAUGGUGAUUUUGAUUAAAAUAUUUGAUAUGGAAAA